AUGAAUCAGGAACUGGAACUCAUUGACGUCUUUGGAAACACCCUCGCAACCAACCCCUCCGCCUUGGCAGAGUGCGUGGGCUUGUUGCGCAUAUACCGCAUUGAGCCUGGGACUCUGCAUUCGAAAUGGGAGGCAUAUAUCAUGAAUGCUAUCAGUUCCACUAGGGACGAGGACGACGGCUCGAUGACGGCUGCACAUUUGGAAGGCUUCAAGAACCAUCUCCGUCGCACCUUGGAGAAAAAGGCACAGCAGAGCAUCCAGCGUCAUGCUCAGUCGACCUCGGGAUCAUCGUUUGCCACUCCCAAGAAGGCUCAGCUUAAGUCAAGAUUUCCAGGAUCGACCUCACAGGCUUCCAGGGUGUUUAAUGACAUGGAGAUUGACCAGAACGACCAGUUACCAACGCCUUCGUCGAAGCAGUUUGCGCUUCGCAAGAACAUGUCAGAAACAGAAGAAACCCUCCACAGCCAUCUGAAAUUGAGAACGGAACCAUCUCGUGCUGGAUCAGAGUACAGGAGCACCGUCACCAUGAUCACCACAAUCAAGCCUUAUCGAUACAUGUUCGAUAAGAUUACAGACAAAGGCGAAGCUCUUGACGACCGGAUUGACGCAUUUGCAGAUAUUUACAGGAGAAGUUAUCCCGACACAGAAUUUCGCAAUCCCGCGUACCCAAGUCAGUCUGCCGUUACCGUGGUGGGGCGAAUUUGCUCCGACGCAAAUGAAGGCAAGGCGAACGAGCAGUCUCUGCUGCUUGAAACAAGCCGCUCGUUCGGCAGUGGCGCAAGAGUCAAGCUGGAUAUCAUGGAAGUUCCAGGAUACAGCUUUUUCCCAGGACAGAUUGUUGUUCUAAGCGGCCUGAACUCUUACGGUUCAGUCUUUGCAGUAACUCGUGUUCAUGAGCUGCCUGCCAUUGAAAUGGCAGGUGCCAGCCCAGCGGAUUUAGAGGACUUCCAAUACAAAAGGAUGGCUGGACAACCGAUGAAGAUGAUUGUGGCGGCUGGACCAUAUACCCUGAGCGACAAUCUUUUAUUCGAACCCUUUGCAGCUUUGAUGGAACACGUCAGCACUGAACGUCCGGAUAUUCUUUUGUUGAUGGGCCCAUUCGUCUCGUCGACACACCCACUGAUCGUUUCAGGAGAUAUCGACAUGAUGCCAGAGGCAUACUUUGCCAAGUAUAUCUCGGCCCUGCUUGCCAAACACCAAGACCGGUACCCCAAAGAGAUGCAGAUCCUAUUGGUACCAAGCUUGCAGGAUGUCAUUCAUGAGACACUAGUCUUGCCUCAGCCUGGAUUUGAGCAUCCCCGUGCCCUUGGAUUGCCAGCUGGUACAUACUGCCUGCCCAACCCAGCACAGUUCACUAUUAACGAGAUGGUGUUUGCAGUCAACACUGCUGAUAUCCUGAUGCAUUUGAACGGAGACGAGAUUGCAAGGAACCCUGGUCGGACCGACCGAAUGAGCCGACUCUCUAAAUAUAUUGUUGAACAGCGCAACUUGCACCCUGUUUACCCUGGCCUAGCGUCUGAUCCAGACAGCGGAGUCGAUUCGAGCCAAUUCGACCUUUUGGAUCUCAAAGUGUGUCCUGACGUUCUCAUCCUGCCCAGCAAGCUGAAGCACUUUGCCAAGACUGUCGAUAAUGUGAUUGUCAUCAAUCCGAACCAGCUCAGCAAAAUGCAGUCUGGAGGCACGUUCGCCAAACUGACCAUCCACCCAAUUCCUGAAGGCGUGUUGAGUGACGCAGUAAUGAUGAUGGAUGAGGACGACGAGCAAACAAUGAGGAGCUUCCAUCGUGUUCAAGAGCGCUGCCGAGUCGAUCUCGUCCGCGUGUAG